GAAACUGCCAAAAACAGUUGGAAAAAGUGAAAGGUGAAACGCGCGUAGAGCUUAGAUGAAGAUCGCAAGAUGUCGUGGCGUACGGAACUGGUGCUGGGCUUAGUUUUAUUGUCGAUCGUUCCAUUUGAGGCUAAAAAUGUGUUGCUACUGUUGGCCGACGAUGGAGGUUUUGAGAUGGGCGCAUACCGAAACCGCAUUGUGCAGACCCCAUUUCUCGAUGCGCUGGCAAAGGAAAGUUUGAUUUUCAACAAUGCCUAUGCUUCGGUUAGCAGUUGUUCGCCUUCCCGAGCCGCCAUACUAACGGGCAUGCCAGAGCACCAAAACGGCCAGUACGGACUGCACAAUGGUGUGCACAACUUCAAUUCCUUGCCGAAGGUGCGAAGUAUUUCCUCGAUCCUCGGUAAGGCCGGCAUAAGGACGGGUUUAAUUGGCAAGAAACAUGUCGGGCCGGACGAGGCAUAUCGGUUCGAUUACGAACGAACCGAGCAACAGUAUCCGAUCAAUCAGGUUGGACGAAACAUAACGCAAAUUAAGCUGUUCGUAAGAGAAUUUCUGCAGCAAGCUACCUCAAACGGCAAUGACUCCUUCUUUCUGAUGGUGUCCUUCCACGAUCCCCAUCGAUGUGGCCAUAUAACACCCGAAUAUGGAAGUUUUUGCGAACGUUGGGGUUCGGGAGAAGAAGGAAUGGGUCUUAUCCCUGACUGGCAUCCGAUUUACUACGUGUGGGACGAGAUUGACCUUCCGUACUACGUACCAGAUACGCAACCUGCACGAUACGAUCUGGCCGCACAGUACACAACCAUCUCACGGCUCGAUCAGGGCGUCGGACUGGUGUUGAAAGAGUUGAGCGACGCCGGGCUAGCGGAAAGCACACUCGUUGUGUACACCUCCGACAAUGGACCACCGAUGCCCGCAGCCAGAACGAAUCUGUACGAUCCGGGAAUGGCCGAACCGAUGUUUAUACGAUCUCCAAACAAGGCUGCCCGUCGGAACGAAGUAACAUACUCAAUGAGCAGUCAUCUCGAUUUGGUCCCGACAAUACUCGAAUGGUUUAACCUCAGCCAUCCGCAACCAAAGUUACUUACCGGGCGUAGUUUGCUGCCACUGUUGCUGCAGGAACCACCAAAUCCGGUGGAUGAUGCCGUGUUUGCAAGUCAAACUUUCCACGAAAUCACAAUGAGCUAUCCGAUGAGGGCCAUUCGCACAAAGCGCUACAAACUCAUACACAACCUCAACUAUCAGCUGUCGUUCCCGAUCGAUCAGGAUUUCUACGUUUCACCAACAUUCCAGGAUAUGCUGAAUCGUACACUUGCCAAGCAACCGCUUCCUUGGUACAAGACACUCCGUACAUACUAUCAACGGCCGGAAUGGGAACUGUACGAUCUCAAAAUGGAUCCAACCGAGUCGAGAAAUUUGUUCGGUAAAAGCAGCAUGAAGGAGACGUUCGAAAAACUAAGCGGUCGUUUGCAAAAGUGGCUCGAAUUGACCAACGAUCCGUUCCGUUGCUAUCCGGACGGUGUGCUACAAGAUACUGGGGAGUAUCUUAACAAUCCCACCUGUUUACCGUUGGCACAUUAG